GGUUUAUGGUUUAUUUAUAGUGCCACUGUCGUUUACUGAAUGCCGCUAAAAAGUUUAAUAAAUAAUACUGUGUUAUUAUAAAUAAAUAUUGUAAAUUGCUAUAGAAGCUAAAAGAUAACUGGCGCAAAUCUGCACACCUUGCUUCAUUUUCUUAAAGUACAUGUCAAAGUAAAAAUUUUCAUUAUUAACCUAACGCUGUUUUAAAAAUGUCUUCAGAUUUCUAUAUUAGGUAUUAUGUUGGUCACAAAGGUAAAUUUGGACACGAAUUCUUGGAAUUUGAAUUUCGACCUGAUGGUAAAUUACGUUAUGCUAACAAUUCCAACUAUAAAAAUGAUACCAUGAUACGUAAAGAAGCAUACGUCCACCCAUGCGUCAUGGAAGAACUAAAGCGGGUCAUUGUAGACUCUGAAAUAAUGCAUGAAGAUGACCGCUUAUGGCCACAACCAGAUCGUGUUGGAAGACAGGAGCUAGAAAUAGUGAUUGGAGAAGAACACAUUUCAUUUACAACAUCUAAAACUGGAUCCUUAGUUGAUGUGAACCAAUCUCGGGACCCAGAAGGAUUACGAUGUUUCUACUAUUUAGUUCAAGACCUUAAGUGUCUCGUGUUUUCUCUUAUAGGGCUUCAUUUUAAGAUAAAACCAAUAUAAUGUUCAGCAUUCAUGUAAUUUUCUAAUAAAUGUCAUUCUUUGUAAUAAUAUAAA